AUGGCUUUUUCGUGGCAUCACGUCCUCCUGGCGUUCCUUCUUAUGGUUGUCAUCGGAACCGGACUUGAAGACGAAUUCAAUGAACUCCCCAUCGACCCUCAGGAGGAGACCCUCCACACUCCUCUUGUGACAUUGCAGGAUGCCACGUGCGAGGGUACAACGUGCUCGAUCGUCGAGGAUCACCAGCUCCGGCAUACCUAUCUGGUCUUUGUUGUCAUGUUAAGCGACAUAUCAAGGGGGCUCGCGACAAAGUAUGGCGUGUCCGAGCUGUCCCAGCUAUCAGAUGAUCUUAAUACACAUAUCCAUGAGGUUAACGCCAAUACGGAAGACGCCUAUAGGCUAGACCUGAGAAGGCGAGGGGAGAGCCAUGAUGCAGAUUUGGUCAAGAGGGCAGGGCUGUUCGAUAAGCUGCUAGGAGGUCUCUUGGGAGGCAACAGGGGGGCGAAGGAAGGCAACAGCAAUACGGAUGACGCCACGACCGGUGAAGGCGGUCGAGUAAAAGGCGACGGCGGCGGCGGCCUGCUUGGAGGAUUGUUGGGCGGUGGAAAAGGUGGCGGCGGUCCCAUCAGCGACGCCAUCGGGAAUGUCGCCAGCAACGUCAUCGGAAAACUUCUCAAAGGUGCAGGCCCAGGCCUCGCCGGCGCAGGAUUCUUCGGUGGUGUGGGAGCCGGGGAGGGGGCUGCUCAGGGUCUCAACCUCGCACCAGCGUCCAUGACCAAACCAACAGGCGAGCAAGUCGCGCGGGAGAACGGGAUGCAAAACACAGGACUCAACCCAGUCCUAAGAAAUGCGGCCCUGGGCCUUACAUCUACGGCGCUCAAGGCCGUGCGUCAGAGCGGUAUCUUGCAGCUGCCGCCACUCGGACCCCUUGCUGCGUCCUUGGGCACCGCCGUCGGAAGCGGCGCGGCGACCGGUCUCCGGCUCACAGAGACAAAUGCUUCGGCUCCAUUGGGCAACAACGCCACAGGCCUCGAGGGUGCGGUGGGGAGUUUUGGAUUUGGACUGAGUCGGUCUUUCACAGAGAGUAUUAACCUCACGGGCCCUGGUGGCCUGACGUCGAAGCUUCCUCCCAUCGACUUCGGGGCCACGGCAUUAGACAUUGGGAAUGGGCUCGGUAAUGGUGCCGUCGUCGGGCUGCGCCUAGCCAACAACAAGGCUAUUGGUCCCCCGCGGCCAGUUGGCCCUACGGAUAUCCCCAAAAUUGCCGGGGCAUUGUCGUUCGGCCUCUCGAACAGCCUGAUAGGUAAUAUUAACCUCAGCAGUAUUACUGGGCCUGGCGGUGUGGCGUCAAUGUUCCCGCCGGUCGACUUUGGAGCCACGGCAUUAGACAUUGGGAAUGGACUCGGUAACGGUGCCGUCGUCGGGCUGCGCCUAGCCAAUAACAAGGCUAUUGGUCCCCCGCGGCCAGCUGGCCCUACGGAUAUCCCCAAAAUUGCCGGGGCAUUGUCGUUCGGCCUCUCGAACAGCCUGAUAGGCAAUAUUAACAUAAGCAGUGUUACUGGGCCUGGCGGUGUGGCGUCCAUGUUCCCGCCGGUCGACUUUGGAGCCACGGCGCUGGGUGUCGGCGGUGCUGUCGGCGCAGGAGCCUCCAUGGGCUUCAAGCUCACCAAGAAGGAUCUCACUCCGGCGCCGCCAACCUCAGGAAAGGACUUGCCAGGGAUAGCCAGCUCGUUCGCCUUUGGCGCCACGAGGACCCUGUCUGACAACCUGAACCUGAGUGACGUGGGAGGCCAACUCGGCACGAUGCUCCCGCCCGUAAACAUCGCUGACACGGCCCUUUCCUUGGGAUCCGGCUUGGGUAACGGUGUUGCGCAAGGACUUAAGCUCACUGACAAAGACCUUACCCCCCCGCUCCCGGCGUCGCCAUCAGACAUACCACGCAUCGCCGGACGGUUUGCCUUUGGCCUCUCCAACGGGGUGAGCGUUAACCUCAACGUCAGCGAACAAGCCCAGAAGCUGGGGUCUAUGUUGCCGCCCAUCGACAUCGGCCUGACCGCGCUCAAUGUGGGCGCGGGCAUCGGGGCCGGGGCUGCCGCUGGGCUGAAACUUGCAACCAACGAACAACUCGCGCCGCCGCCGCCGGCGUCUCAGAGCGACGUGCCGCGUAUUGCUGGCACCUUGGCCUUUGGCAUCACAAACGCUGUAGCUGGUAGCGUGAACACGACAAGCCUUCUCAAUAGGGCUGGCAUGGCGGGUGGCCUCGGUGGGAUAUUAGGCGACGGCAACGUGACUAGUCUGCUGGCUAAGUAUGGAGGCCCGGCAGCUUCUGGACUCGGGAAGGGACUUGGCUCUGGAGCCGCAGUUGGCUUAGGUCUUCAGCCAGAAGCUUCGCCUGAGCCGCUUCGACCGUUGCCGGAUGGAAGCCUCGACGUCGGGAGAGUAACGGAGGAUUUCGCACAGGGCCUGACAUCGAGGUUCCUCGCUAAUGGUACGGCAAGCAAGGCGCUCGGCAACCUCUCUGGCAGCAACGGCGCCGCAGGCGGGCUCGCGAGCCUGACGGCCAAUUUGAACAUCGGGCGCAUCGCCAACGGCUUUGCAAGAGGCUUGUUGACCGGCGUCGGCGACGGCGUCGAAGCCAUCGGUGGCAUCAAGGCCAUCAUCAACGGUACAUCCACGCCUCCCACAGCCCCUAUUUCCGACACCAAGGUCGAUUUCAACGACACCGUCAGUGGCUCAGCAGUCGGAUUCGGCCAAGGUCUCGGCACCUCUGGAGUUGUUACAGCACAAAAGCUACUCGCUCCCAGAAAGAGUGACCGUUCCCUAGGUGCACCCGACAAGGCGAAGCGUGGACACGACUUGGAUGCGUCUACUACUGGCUCAAUUGUGCUUGUCGGCCGACAAGUCGACACCAAAGUCCCGGACCAGCUGACGGGUCUCAACUUGUCCCGUCUUCUAGACGCGGAUGCCGUCUCCGCCGUGGCGCAGAAGGGUGUUGACACACUCACAUGCGACGGUGUGGCGGCGCUGUUUGUCGUCGGCCGUAGCCUUCAAAAGAGCGGCACGCUGCCCAUGAGCGGAUUGAACGACAAGACCCAGGCUUUUCUGAAGUCGUUCGUCCCACAAGGCAACAUACGCUUCGUUAAUGGGGCCAACACGUUUGUUGUGGAUGGCCAAAAGGCUGCUCAAGGACUCGGCGACUCUCAAAUCGCUGUGGUCCAGGCGGUCAGUAUCAACGGCUUCCCAUUCUCCGCUUUUGCAACAUUUCUAGUCAUCCAUAUCGGGAUUGCGAUCCUGGGUCUGUUCAUCCUAUUUCCGCUCGCCUUGACGCUCAACAGUGUACGCAACAUUGCUGUGCGCUUCCGCAAACUCAACGACCUACCGGCAUGGACGCCCAAGGCUACAAAACUCAUCUGGGCGGCGGGCGUGGCUCCGUCUCUGGUCCUCACAACAGUAUUUGGCGUUUUGCCUACAUCUACGUCGAAGCACUUCCAAACUGUACAUGAGGUACUCGGUCUCGUCACUCUGAUAGUCGCCCUCGCCUCCCUCAUUUUAUAUUUUCGCUCUACCCCUACUGCCGAGCUGACUCCGGGCGAGCCAUUUCCGGACAGCUUCGAGAUGAACCGCGUCACAGCCGUCUCACACACCAGUAACCAAUUGCUUCUCGCACUGCUGCCACCUACCGCCAUUAGUGGAUUUGCGGAUUUGAGCGGCGUAACCCUGUGCUUGACACGCGCGAUGGCUCCGUUCGAGACGGCCAUCGCGCUGGGAUUGGGGCUAGGAUCUGUGUUCAUCGUGGGGCAAUUCGUCUCUGGGGCAGACACUUUACUGGCGCUCAGGGCGUGGAGAAAGGCCAAGGGCGCGAGAAGGACAGGUAGGAAUCAAGAAAUACGGAGACUUGAUAAGAACUGA